GGUUUUAUGAAUUGAUUGAAUGUUGCGCCAAACAGGGGUCAAAUCGAAAACGGAACAGUAAAACAUAAUGUGUACCGUAAAAUCAACUCCUCGCUGUCCUUCACCUUUUCGCUUUUACAAUUUCAAUCUCAACAAUGGGUGCACUUUGUUAAAUUAUUUCAGACAACUUAUCUUUUGUUGCAGUUAUAAAAUGGUCGGGGAUAAAGGAAACUUUGAGAAAAUAAAAUGGACAAAUCAGUAAAUAGAAACACCGAAGAACAUGGAAGCAGCACUGCCACAAUUUAAUCGACUAAACUCUUCACGUUUCUAUCAACACUAUGUAGUACCCCCAGUUCGUUUAUCCACUGAAUAUCUCCACGAACUUAUACCACAACACAAUCCUACGUUACUUCAGCAGUACUUGGCUUAUUACAAUGAGCCUUUGGUGCCCUUGGACUUGUCUCUUAAAUCAACGACACCUAUCACACCACCGUGUACACCUCCUCCUACACAGAAACGAAAGAUCACGGAGGAUAAAUUAAUAAAAUCUCCUAAAAUAUUUCGCCAUUUCGAAGAACCUGAAGAAAAAAAUGAAACCAAUAACAACAAUGAAAAACAAAAAAUCGACGAUGAUAACUCCAAUGACAGCGAUAGUCCGGAAGCAAAGAAACUUAAAUUCACUAAACAAUUUUUCGAAGAACUUAGAACAUGUUUACCGUCAGAAAAAGAAACAACAUCGAAAAGUGCAAGGUCUUCUCCAGAGAUUGUCGAGGUAAAAGAUGUGGAAGAACGCCCCAAAAAGACCCCAAAGCCAGCAACACAACCAAUUAAGAAAAGCAAAGCAGUGCGAAAACUUAUGUUUGAUGAAGACAAAACAUCCCCUGUUUCUGGAACGAUAAUAAGAGAUUUGGGUGAAGAUGAAACAUUAGUUGUUAGAAAGGGUGAUAUAGAUCCUGCCUUCAACGUCGUGGAGGUGACUGAAGAAGCCAAAGCGCUAAUUGCAUCUAUAGAGAAUCGGUUGGGGCGGUACAUCUGCAGGCUGUGCCGACGUUUGUAUAGCGACGCGUUUGCGUUGGCCCAACAUCGAUGCUCUAGAAUAGUUCAUAUUGAAUAUCGCUGUCCAGAAUGCGAUAAGGUAUUCAACUGUCCAGCUAACCUUGCUUCACACAGGCGUUGGCACAAGCCACGGGUGCCGGGGGCUACUAAGCGGCGCGACCCUCCGUCCUCUGACACCGGGCGGUUCCCUUGUCAGCGCUGCGGGAAGAUGUUCAGGAGACAGGCGUACUUGCGGAAGCAUCUACUAGCUCAUGAUCAACCUGAGAACGAGGAAAAGGAACCGUCAGCCUUUAGGCAGGUGCAUACUGAUUACUCCACUUAUUCCACGGAGACUCUCCGAGACGGCAACUUCAACACGUUCUGGAACAAGAUCCCGCCCCCACCCCAGGAGCUGAGCUGGGAAGGCGUGGCUACCCGGUGCGCGUCCUCAUACUCCUCCGAGGAUUCGCGGAGUCUGGAUGUCACGGGCUCGGAAGACGAAGGAGGCGGCGGCGGCGACGGGUGACGGCGCGUGCUGCGGCCAGUGCCGCGAUUCCCCUCGUACGCGCCUCUGCCAACCUCUUUGUACUACAACUACGGUCACGACAGUCAUCUUUAUUUUUCUUAAAAUGGUUAAAAUCGCCGGCUUUCUGGUAUGCCAGUAGCUCGAAUAUCACGCACCCAUCGAAUUAGCUACGUUUUACAUAUCUGGAACAAGAUCCCGCCCCCACCCCAGGAGCUGAGCUGGGAAGGCGUGGCUAUCCGGUGCGCGUCCUCAUACUUCUCUGAGGAUUCGCGGAAUCUGGACGUCACGGCACACGGUGACUGGAAGCUGAUUUAUUGAUUGCCAGUAGCUUAAGUGACGCAUAUCCAUGGAUUGAGCUACCAAUAUUUAUCCAUGAUUAAAUUUCACAAAGGCUUCUUGAUUAUUAACUUUUUAAUUAAAAUAUAGCCAUUUUACUGGCAGCUACAAAAAAUAUCGUUUGCCUGAUAGUAAACAUUAAACAUUAUUUAUAAAUAAUAUUUAUUAAGAAUUCAUUCAUUAAACAUCCACAAUGAAAUAUAAUGUUAAUAUCUACUUACAUAUCUACAAUAUAACUUAAUUGUUUACCAACAUUCAAUUUGAAACAAUACAAACAACAUAUCGAUUAGGGUAUUUAGAUUAUGCUCUAUUUUUAAUCUCUCAAUACUAAUUUUCAAUUUGUAAUUACUAUAGUAAUUAAUUGCUACAUCUUUAAUUCCUAAAUAUUGCAUUGUAAAUAUGUUUGUCAUUAGACUAAUUGUAAAUAAUUCAUUGAUCUCCUACAGCAGCAUUCCAAAAUAUGUAGUGAUGUUAGACAUCUCUAUAUUACUAGAUAGUUAUUUAAUAAUAAUGUUAUAAAUUUAAUGUAGCUAAUAAACUUUUAACUUAUAGUUUUAAUAUAAAAUUUCUACAAGUUCUUUACAGUGCUAAUUAUUAUAUUGAUACAAAAAACAUUAUUUGACAGAUCUGAAUAUAUUUUUUUAUGUUCAUAUUUUUGGUUCUUAAAAUAUAAAGAUUUUAAAUUGUUUUGUAAAUUAAAACAAAUAAAAUAAUCAAAUAAUAGCAAUCACGAUACAAAUAAAUAUAACUUUUUUAACACAAAUUCACUGCACACUAUACUAUCUGCUAUUUCUAAAAUAUAUUAGAAAAGUACAGCCACCAACACCGAGAAAUUUGUCUGAUAUUUUUUUUUCGGUCAAAAUAUAUCACACCACAUUUCUAUACUAAGUAUCGCUGCUCUUUUAUUUUGUAAAAAAUAAUAUCGCUAUUUUUUUCAUUAUUUUUUAAAAAUUGCAAUAUUCCAUUCUGACAAUACAUUUAAAACGUCUUAAAACACCCAGUGACAAACCUAAAUCAUAUUCAUUACUUCUAAAUUCCCAAUGCGUUACUUUCAAAUACGCUCACUUAAACAUCUCUGAAAAAAAAACUGCAUUUUUCGUAAAUCUUUUGACUUCAAUCACAUGAGUUCGUUAAUAGAUAUUCUGAAUUCAAUAGUGUUCUUCAAAUAGGUACCAUAUAAAAGGUCGUGUACUCCGUUCAACAAGGUCUGUAUCGGUGCAUAAAUCGAUCGGCUAAGCAGUUGUCACAAUCGAUCGAUUGCACGGGCAUAUUUUUAGAUCCCGACUGGCCAUCUCAUAAAGUUUUCACUCCAUAGCAUCGGAAUCGCCAGGUCGAAUCCAAAGUAGGCCAUCUAAAUUUACAUCAUAAUUUUCAGUCGAUAUUUUUACGUUAAUUGAUUUUUCACAUAGUGAAUAGGUGCAUCGAUUGAAAAAUGUAAAUUAUCAAAAUUAUAAUACUAUUCUAGUUAUUCCUAGUCCGUGCUUAAAAUAAGAAAAAAAUAUUUACACAAAAAUAGCUUAUAUUUACUUAACUUAAGCGUCGAAGAUAUUCUAGUUUUAUUUCUAGUCAUUUUAUUAUAGUAAUUUAAUUUUUACACUACAAAAUAUUAUUAUUUUAUAGAUCUCAUUUUCUAAAUGAUCUCGAAAUUAUUCUAGUCAACAUCUUUAUUUUAAUACACAACAACAAAAAAUAUCUAAGUACACUUAAAAUUUUAUAUUUUUUCGAAUUCUAGUCAAAUUUAGUCAAAACCUUAAUUUUAGUAUAAUUAAAAUGUAAAUAAAAGAGACACAUUUAAAUUGUUUUUUUUUGGAGUAUCUAGUCAUUAAUUUCUAGUCGUUCUAGUCAUUGAUUUAAUAUUAAGUUAAAAUAUUGUGGAAACAGUUCUAGUCAUUUUCUUAAUUGUCAUUCCAUUAGGAUGGACGUUAGUUAAAUAAGCAAUCAUUUCUAGUCAGUAAAAUAUUUAACAUCAAAGUUUUUGCUUCAGUAAAUUUUAGUAACUAUCAAUUUAAUAACCAAUAUAAAAUAUAAAUAUUUCUAACACUCACACCAAUUAGCCUAGCCUCAAAGUAAGCACCGAAGGCUUGUGUUAUGGUAUACUAGGGUAACGGAUAGAAUACAUGUAUUGCUACUUAUGUAAGUAUGUUUAUAUAGAAAAUACAUAUUAAACAUCCAUGACUGAAGUACAAAUACACGUAUUCAUCACACAAACAUCUGCCCCCACCGGGAUUCGAUCCCGGGACCUCUCGAGUUGGCGACACCAUAAAACCCGGC